CACCCAUCCACCAUGGACCCCAUCAACGAAUAUUGCGGCCUCGAAGACUAUGGCCUUGUCGGUGAUAUGCACACAUGUGCACUGGUCAGCAAGAAUGGCAGUGUCGACUCCAUGUGCUGGCCCGUCUUCGACUCUCCCUCCAUCUUUUGCCGCAUCCUUGACAAGCAGAAAGGCGGCCAUUUUUCCAUCACUCCCCAUCGUAGCUUGAAGAAUCCAUUGAGCAAGCAGCGCUAUCGCCCAUACUCUAACAUGCUGGAGACUCGCUGGAUUCAUGAAGAGGGAGUCGUGAACAUCUUGGACUACUUUCCGAUCGCAAAAUCCAAACCCCACAUCUCGGAAAAGGGACUGCCCCAGUGGUGUCGCUGCCAUCAGCCCAAGGUUCCUGGUCAGUACCAUGCAUGUCAUUCUGGACUGGUACGAAAGGCCGAGUGUGUGCGCGGGCAGAUGGAGAUAGAGAUUGAGCUCUUCCCGGCAUUCAAUUACGCUCGGGAUUCGCAUACAGCAUAUCCGUCCUUCACUGCAGGAGACGGUCUACAGGUCUACCACUUCCAGGCAGCAGCUCAAAAUCUUCAAGUCAGCAUCUUGGAAGAUAAAGGUGAUCUCCAUACGGAUUCCUCCGAUUUCAAUAUUCAAUUGGAACUAUCCGAGCGUGCCGGUCACCUGGGCCCCGGCUUGGUCGGAAAGGUCACCUUGAAAGAGGGGCAGUCGAUUACGCUGCUUCUGCAUGACCAAGAGUCUAUCACUUCUGAUGUUCAGGUACUCGCGCCUUAUUUGCAGCAGAUUGAGCGGAUUACAGGCGAUUUUUGGUCCGACUGGACCAGCAAAUGCACCUUCCGUGGCCACUAUCGCGAGCAAGUGGAACGUAGUUUGCUGGUGUUGAAGUUGCUGACCUAUAAGCCUACCGGGGCUAUCGUCGCAGCACCUACAUUUUCUCUACCUGAGCAUAUAGGUGGUAGUCGGAACUGGGAUUACCGCUACUCAUGGGUGCGCGAUGCUGCUUUCACAGUCUACGUGUUUUUGAAGAACGGGUAUCCCGAGGAGGCUGAAUCUUACAUCAAUUUUAUCUUCGAACGGAUUUUUCCGCCCUUGAACAAGAAGCCUAAGGCUGGAGAGCCAUUUCUUCCCAUCAUGGUGACAAUCCAUGGUGAACGCGACAUUCCCGAGAUGGAACUUGACCAUUUGGAGGGUUACCGUGGGAGCCGACCGGUCCGCAUCGGCAACGGCGCAGCGACGCAUAUCCAACUGGAUAUUUACGGAGAGUUAAUGGACAGCAUUUACCUAUACAACAAACAUGCUGUCGAAAUCUCCUACGACCAGUGGCUGGCAAUCCGUCGCAUGGUCGACUUUGUGAUUCAGAUCCGCCAUCAGCCGGACCAGUCUAUCUGGGAAGUGCGCGGACCGCCCCAAAACUUCGUCUACUCCAAAAUCAUGCUGUGGGUCGCUCUGGACCGUGGUGUGCGACUGGCGGAGAAGCGCUCUAACCUUCCCUGUCCGGAGCGAGCACGAUGGGUGCAGGAGCGCGAUGCGCUGUACGACGAGAUCAUGACCAAGGGGUAUAACGCGGAGAAAGGGUUUUUCUGCAUGAGCUACGAGAAUCAGGAUGCAAUGGAUGCAUCUGUGCUUGUUGCCCCGUUGGUAUUUUUUAUCGCACCGAAUGACCCCCGACUGUUGAGUACAAUCAAAAAGAUUACAGACGUUCCCGCUCGAGGGGGGCUGAGUGUGGCUAACAUGGUGUCCCGGUACGAUACCGGAAAGGUCGAUGAUGGUGUCGGAGGAAACGAAGGCGCUUUCCUCAUGGUCACAUUCUGGCUGGUCGAAGCCAUGAUGCGUGCUGCUCGCUCCAAGGCAUAUCUCCCGCACGAUCCAUUCUUCCAACAACUGCGAAAGACGGCCACCUCGCAGUUUGAUAGCAUUCUCUCCUUUGCGAAUCAUCUGGGGAUGUUCUCCGAGGAGGUGGCCACAUCAGGAGAGCAGAUUGGCAAUAUGCCACAGGCGUUUAGUCAUCUGGCCUGUGUUAGCGCAGCGAUGAAUCUAGGUGGAGGUGGAGAGAGGUGAUAUGGACAAGAAGUAAGAUCCAAAGAUAUACAGAUCUCAUAAAAGCCUGUGCUGAUUUCAGUAAUUGGACACUCCAUAAACUACAUAAUCAUACAGAAACAAUGUACUUACCUCUCGAAAUACAGUUGACUGUUCUGAACCAACAAAUGCAACUAAUAAACAAGAAAA